AUGAUGAGGCCCUGCUCUCCUUGCUUACGAAGAUCGCCUCGGAUGGCUGUGCCUUUCAAGAAGCUUUCCAGCUUGUUUGAGGUCAAAGAUCGCUGGACUUGCGAUGAUGCAGAUGUAGGUCCAUUCAAGACUCAUGAUUGGCCGAACAAGCAACAGCGCAAUGCAAUGUAUUCGCAAAAGUUGGAGUGGGAGAAGGAGAGGAGAGAAGAACGAAGAGAUCGUGGAGCAGAGACCGAUGACUGGACUAGUGUGACUAUUCCACACCCGACGGGUAACAAGGACUAUCUGGAUGCAUACGGCGUUGAUGCCCGAGAGCAUCGAGAAUCUCUCAGGACUGGAUGCUGA